AUGCUCGAGAAUGAAAAUGCCCGCCUACGAGAGCAACUGCGUCUGGUAGACCAAGCACCACACCAUGGCGCUUCGAAACGAGUCAGUCUUGAUGAGCCAACGAAGCAAGCAGCCGGUCAAGAAGAGAGUCAAAGCGAGGCGCUAGACUUUUCUCCAACAGGAACUGGCCAGGCAGAGGGUAGUGCAUUCCACGGCCCUUCGAGUGGUACUGCCAUUGGAUCGUCAGAGACGAUACAUGGAAAAACUAUCACAGCGAGUGGUACGUUUGGUACAAACCCGCCCCAGAAGUCGGACAAUGAUAUCACUCAAUCCAUUAAGAAUCAACUGCUGGCCGAAACAGUACGACAGCGUCAGCUGGAGAAUGUCAACCUAAGAGCAGGAAAACUCGAUUUCCGAGGCGUCGAGCCGCAAGUCGGCAUGAAUCUUCUCUCAAAUUUCUGGAAUCGCCAGCUAUACGCGGGUCCUAUCGUCUAUCGAACCGCUUUUAUGCGCGACAUGGCAGACAAUGGCAUGGCAAACACAAAUGACGGCCCCUACUUUUCCGAACUUCUGCUCUACGCGAUGUUAUUCUCCGGGUUACAGUUCACAGCCGAGGCGGCGGCUGCUCGAACGCUUCCUGAAGUGAACGUCACUGGUCGUCAAUAUCGUGCCAAGUUCGAGCAGACCCUACAUAACUCCGGUUCGAAGAGUGUUUUCAAAAGUGAGGUUACUACGAUACAAGCCUUGCUGGUCGUUUCGGAUGCGCUAUUUUCUUGGUGCAAUGAAAGAAGCCUCUCAUGGCAUUACAUGGGACUUGCUAUCAAUAUGAUAAUCGACCUUGGACUUCACAUCAACCAAUCGCUUCGUGGGCCAUCAGAGCCAGCCUCUGCUGAGGCUACAGAAAUCAAGCGGCGUUUGUUCUGGGCGGCUUUCGUCAUGGACAAAGUUCAUUCCAUCUAUCAGGGUCGUCCGACCCGACUUCACAAGCGUGAUCCGAAAUUACCCAUCGAAUUCCUUGACGAGUUUGAAGAACUGGAGAGUUUCAGCAGUCAUACGUACUCCACCCAAUCAAUGACUCUCGAAAGUCCAGCAUAUGCUAUAUCUACGUGGAAGCAUUUCAGCCGGUUAAGUAUCGUGGCAGACAACAUUAUUUGCCAGCUUUACUCUGAGGAAGGCACUGCCAUGGAAGCUAGUGAGUUGUUUGAGCUUGCGUAUGGUCGGCAUGGUCUGUAUGAUCAAUUGCAAGAAUGGGUUUCGAAACCAAAGCAUAUCUCUGCAGUCCUGCCUCACUUUCUUUCGUGCAGCGCGCUGUACUUUUCUUUGCAGAUUUUGAUCUGCCGGCCAUUCCUCUCAGAAGAUCACUUCGUCUCGGAGGAAAUCACGCGAGAAGCUCUCAAGGAUUGUGUGACAGCAGCACUUGACAUUCAUGACAUUUUGGUGAUUUACAAGCAGAACUUUUGCUUCAAAACUGCUCCUCUCCAUAUAUCGUACGCUGCAUACGCCAGUGCCUCGAUACUCAUACGUAUAGCGGCACAGAAAAGCUCAGACUCGCAGGCACACUCGGCUCUUCGGUUAUGUGUGGAGGUACUGAGCAUACAACAGGCUUACAGUCACGGACCCAGACGAAUGAUGGAGAUCCUGCUCAGAUUGAUGAAUCGAUUGGGUGUACAUGUGGGAGAAUUUGUUGCUCUGGGCCCAUCGAGUUGUCUCGCGGAUGAGCCAAUCGAGUCUGAGGCGGCUCAGCCGGUUGUUGCAGGACCCAGCAUGGAAAGGUACAUACACAAUCUCCUUGCUAUUGACGAGUACUGGAGGCGUGGUGGUCAAGGCGAUCUACCAAUAAGUGAAUCCGACAUGCGCGACAUCGAAUUCCCCGACGUUGGAUGGCCCGACCUCGAUUUCAAUAAGUUGAUGAAUAGCUUCAUUUUCGACCCUGCCCAACAAGACACUUCUGGGCUUGUAUCUCAGAAUGAACUGUUCGGGCUUGAUUUUGGAGCCUAA